AUGUCUGAAGCAACUUUUUUGCCCAACCAUUUUGUGAUGGAGGGGUCACAUCAAGGAGAGUUAUUUAUGAUCAUGACUAUCGUUUGUUUGUCUUUGCUAUUAAGAAAUAUUACAAUACCAUGGAUAUUUUUGGGGAAAAAGUUUUAUGCCACGAACUCUAGUUAUUGGUUCAAGUUUUCAUUAGAUUUUGGUUUUUUGGUUCUUCCUAGUCUGUUGUCUGUGACUCUGUUUUCAUCAUCUUUGGUGUUUAUAAUUAUUUGCUUAAUAGUUUGUCUUGUUACUAUGCUGGUUUUCGUUUUCUGUGAGUAUUUGAUGUCACUUGAUAGAGUGCCAUGGAGAACAGUAAUGAAUAAAAUAGUGGAUGAACAUUAUGGCCCUACUACGUUCAUCACCUAUUUCAGAGGAAUGAUGCUCAUUCUUGUUAGUAUAGCCAUUUUGGCUGUUGAUUUCCCUCUUUUUCCUGAAAGAUUUCAUAAAACAGAGCACUAUGGACAUUCCUUAAUGGAUAUAGGAGUUUCUGCUUUCGUUGUUUCCGCUUCUAUGAGCUCUCGACUUAAAACAUCUUCUAUGAUUGAAGGGAAAGAAUUAAGACAGAAAUCGAAAUGGUGGUGGUUGAAAUCUUCCUACUUUGUGCUUCCCCUCAUCGGGCUUACCCGGACAGUAGUUGUUUCUUUUCUCGGGUAUCAUCAGCCUGUCACUGAGUACGGAGUUCAUUGGAACUUCUUUUAUACCAUUGCGAUAUUGAGGAUAGUGUCCAAACUUUUUCCUUCAAAGUAUCCAUUGGUUUUUGCCAUCAUAUUCGGCGUGCUACAUCAAUUCAUACUUGUUCGUGGAUUAGAAGAGUUCAUCCUAUUCGAUGAAAACAAACGAGAAGACUUCUUCUAUGCCAAUAUCGAAGGAAUUGGUUCCCUUCUGGGAUAUAUUACCCUUCAUUUUGCCAGUCGAGUUGUUGCGGACUUCAUCGCUGGAACAGGAAUUCGAGUGAAAUCAUGGCUUGAAUGUUGUCUCCGACUGUUUUCAAUCGCUGGCUUCUUCCUUUGUCUUCAAGCUUUCUCCGAAUGGACUUUUGGUCUACCUAGUAGAAGAGUUACUAAUAUUACUUAUAUUCUGAGUCAACUUUCUUUGCUUAUUUUUUCCUUAGCAUCAUGUCUUGUAGUUCAAAUGUUCAGCAUGGUUACAUGGGCAGCCAACGCUCCUCACUUUUCUACAGAUGACAAUCCGUUCUGUGGCAUAUUACCAUGUUUGUGUGACUCGGUCAAUAAAAAUGGGCUCAUAUUUUUUUUGCUGGCGAAUCUAUUGACAGGCGCAGUGAAUAUAGUUCUAGAUACGAAGAGUAUAAAUGACACAACAGCCUUCCUGAUUCUGUUUUCAUACAUCUUACUGCUCUGUAUCGUUGUGCAGUACCGAAGUUUCGUUCCGAAAAAGAACAAUUAG